UAAUCCUCCGUGACUGUGAAAGUUAAUUGUCGACGGAAAAGAAGGAAGAAAAUGGGAAAAAUCCCACCGUCGUUCCGGCCGGCGAUCACAUAUUCACUCGUCAAAAAGCCACCACUUACAGAAGCCUCAAGCUCAAUCCAAACUCCAACGCCAAUCCCACCUCUUCACUUUCCCAAGAAAUCCUCCAAGAAAAAUGACGACAAACUUUCCAGGAAGCCCCAGCAAUCCAAACAGCACCCUGCAAUCCAAAACCUCCUCGAAUCGCCGGACCUACCUUCCGCCAAGAAAAUAUUUAAUUCCAUCGCCGCCACGACGAAGGCUACUCUUGAUCUCCGCUUCCACAACGCUCUCCUCCAGUCAUAUGCUUCAGUCUCCACCGUUCCUGAUUCCAUCUCUCUGCUCCAGCACAUGGUCAAAACCAACCCGGAAUUUUCCCCGGACCGAUCGACGUACCACAUCCUUCUCUCCCAAUCCUGCAGGGCGCCGGACUCUUCCUUAUCCCCUGUUCAUCAAACUCUAAAUUUCAUGGUUUCUAAUGGGUUUAAACCUAAUCAGGUUACUACAGAUAUUGUCAUCCGGUCGCUUUGUGAGGUGGGGCGUUUUGAUGAUGCUGUAGAAUUGGUAAAGGAAAUGUCUUUGAAGCAUUCCCCACCCGACAGUUUUACUUUCAAUUUUCUUGUUAAAUGCUUAUGCAAGUGUAGGACUUUGAGUACUGUUUAUGGUUUUAUUGAGGAGAUGAAGAAUUCUUUUGGUAUAAAGCCUGAUCUUGUGACAUAUACUAUAUUGAUUGAUAAUGUUUGUAAUUCCAAGAACUUACGUGAGGCUACCAGGUUGCUGGGUGUACUGAAUGAGUGUGGGUUUAAGCCGGAUUGUUUCGUUUAUAACACAAUUAUGAAGGGGUAUUGUAUGUUGAGUAGAGGGAGUGAAGCAAUUGAAGUUUUUAACAAAAUGAAAGAAGAGGGAGUUGAACCGGAUCUUGUGACAUAUAAUACUUUGAUUUUUGGGUUAUCAAAGGCUGGUAGGGUAAAAGAAGCUAGGAAGUAUUUAGAUAUCAUGGUGGAAAAGGGACACUUUCCCGAUGCCGUGACCUACACAUCAUUGAUGAAUGGAAUGUGUAGGGAAGGGAAUGCAUUGGGUGCAUUGGCAUUGUUGGAAGAGAUGCAAAGAAAAAGUUGCAGUCCAAAUUCAUGCACUUAUAACACAUUGCUUCAUGGGCUGUGCAAGUGUAGAUUGUUGGAGAAAGGAAUUGACUUGUACAGGGAGAUGAAAUCAGCUGGUAUAAAGCUAGAGACAGCCUCUUAUGCUACUCUUGUGAGGACACUUUGUCGGGCAGGUAGAGUUGCAGAAGCUUAUGAAGUGUUUGACUAUGCAAUUGAGAGUAAGAGCUUAACAGAUGUUGCUGCUUACACAACAUUGGAGAGUACGCUUAAGUGGCUGAAGAAAGCAAAGGAACAGGGCCAUGCUCUCUGACUAGUACGUUCUUCAUUGUUACAUUAAUUCUUUUCAAUUGGUGCUUAGUGCUUGUUGGAUUCCUAGCUGGUAUUUUUUUGUCUGUUUAAUUACAUUGUGCUGCCAUUAUAUGCCACUCCAAAUUGUUGUAUGGCAAAUUGGCCAGUGAUCCUUCUCAGAUCACAAUUCUCAGAGUUUAAAGGUUAUUUCUGUAUCCAUGUGCUCAUAAAGUUGAUACAUUUUAGCUGAUGUAUACUUCUAAAUGUAAAUAUGUGAUUGCCCUGAGUAGUAUUAAUUACUUCUCCAAUUUGAUACUCCCUGGUUGGUAAUUGGAUUUUUUUUUUUUAAUUUCUCAAAACUAUUUUGUUGUUUACAAUACUAGCAGCUGAAUCAAAUGUCUGAUAGAAAUCUUGGUUCUCUAAUGCCUAAUGGAAUCGACAUUGGACCAUGCGUAAGUACUAAGCACUACCCAGGUUUUGUUUUGUUGCAAUUUCAAUUCAUCCUGCUAGUAAAUUCAUUCUUAGUAAAAAGCCCACAGGUUUUAACAGUCUGUUUAACUGUCCUCAAUUAUCCAAAGCUCUUACCAUAAUCCUUUUUUACACCAUAUGAUAGUCUGUUUAACAGUCACUAGUAUUAUUUCCAGGUAUCUUUUAGACAUCUCUAUUCCCAUUAUGAUAUUAUGUUAUUGGUCAUUGAUGCUAUCUGUUAUUUCUUCUUUUUUUCUGAUUCUUGUGCAAUGAACACUUUACUUUGAAAGGGAGUUCACAUCAUCGUUUACUUGGUUGGAUGAAUUAGAAUUAGGCAUACGCAAAUAAAUGAAUGAAAAGGCAUUAUGCAUGUGAUGUGCAAUAAACCUACUAGACUUAUAAAACAUGUGCGAAUGAAAUAGUUGUUUGCGUCAAUAAUUCCAUAUCCAGUGGCUUUGAUCAUUGAAGAAAAGAAUUGAAUAAUGGUGUAGUGUAGAAAACGAUCAGUUGUAAUAUGGUACUCCAAGGACAGAUAUGGAUGAUUGCUAC